CCAACCCCGUCCUGGGGCCACCUCUGUCCCCCUUGGCUCAGUCCCUGAAGGAAAUUCCAAGAUGAAUUUCUAUACUUGCUCUAGUUCUGUCCCUGGGGACAAUGGGAGAUAGCAAAGUACCAGAGUCCAGAUAACUUAGCUGACUCAAAAGAUGAUGGAAUUGAAUAUCUUGGCCUCAGAUGGUUGGCGAGGGGAGGGGUGACUCACUUGGAGUGGCCUGGUUUGCUUUGGGGCCCAUCUGGGGGCAUUUUCUUAGACUGAUUGCUCUUACCUUGGAAGUGCUUCUGGCUGCCAAUCUGGAUGGUGAGUGUGGUGGGGGAAGUUUGGUUUGGGGCGGAGACAAGGCUUGAGAACACAGGUUUCCUUGUGUCUCAGGAGGGGAGGAGGGGAGGGAUGGCAAGAGGAAAGAGACCCCACUUGUUUGCUUGCUCACAAUCCAUGAUGGCGGGGUCUGCACUGUUUCUUGUCGUCUUCUUGCUGUGUGCUUUCCCGGGGCCUGGAGGGGCAGGCCGCCCCAUGCCCAAGCUGGCUGAACGGAAACUCUGUGCGGAUGAGGAAUGCAGCCACCCCAUUUCUAUGGCGGUGGCCCUUCAGGACUACGUGGCCCCCGACUGCCGAUUCCUGACCAUACACAGGGGCCAAAUUGUAUAUGUCUUCUCCAAGCUGAAAGGCCGAGGCCGCCUCUUCUGGGGAGGAAGUGUCCAGGGAGAAUAUUAUGGAGAUCUGGCAGCUCGUCUGGGCUAUUUCCCCAGUAGUAUUGUCCGAGAGGACCAGACUCUGAAACCUGGCAAAGUUGAUGUGAAGACAGAUAAAUGGGAUUUCUACUGCCAGUGAACUCAGCCUACCGCUGUCCCUGCUGUGCUUUAAGCAAAAUAUAUCAGCCCAGUGCAACUGCC